CACAAGACGCGUGCGCAAACGCGGCCGGGGCGCCGGGGCGGUGGGUUACGCCUGGAGAGCGCAUGGGCAGACAAACUGUACGUCCGUUUGUCCGGAGCGGAGGGGCGAGUGGGCGCCAUCUUCUUCUAGGCUCACUGAGGGCUUCACCUGUGCGGGGCAGGCUGCUGUGACGAGGAGUGCACCCCUACCCCCGGCCCUGUGUGUCCGACUCGGCAGCAGUGUUAAGUUGCUUUUACAGAAUUAACAGGUCUCCAAGAAAUUUUAAAAAGGUCAUUAUUGCUGUGGUUUGAGCUCAGCAUGGCUGUAGUCAUCCGUUUACUGGGGCUUCCUUUUAUUGCGGGGCCUGUGGAUAUUCGUCACUUCUUCACGGGAUUGACUAUUCCUGAUGGAGGAGUGCAUAUAAUUGGAGGGGAAGUUGGGGAGGCUUUUAUUAUUUUUGCGACAGAUGAAGAUGCAAGACGUGCCAUAAGUCGUUCAGGAGGGUUUAUCAAGGAUUCAUCUGUAGAGCUCUUUCUUAGUAGUAAGGCAGAAAUGCAGAAGACUAUAGAAAUGAAAAGAACUGAUCGCAUAGGAAGAGAGCGACCAGGAUCUGGGGCAUCAGGGGCUGGCAGCUUAUCUAACUUUGUUGAGGCUAUUAAAGAAGAAGCAAGUAAUUCUGGAUAUGGCUCUCCAAUUAAUCAAGAUGCUGGGUUUCAUACUAAUGGUACAGGACAUGGUGAUUUAAGGCCAAGAAAAACAAGGCCAUUGAAGGCAGAGAAUCCUUACUUGUUUCUGCGAGGUUUGCCUUACUUAGUAAAUGAAGAUGAUGUACGUGUCUUUUUCUCUGGUUUGUGUGUGGAUGGCGUAAUUUUCUUAAAACAUCACGAUGGCCGAAAUAAUGGUGAUGCCAUAGUAAAAUUUGCUUCAUGUAUUGAUGCUUCAGGAGGUCUUAAAUGUCAUAGAAGUUUUAUGGGUUCAAGAUUUAUAGAAGUAAUGCAAGGCUCAGAACAACAGUGGAUUGAGUUUGGUGGUAAUGGAAUUAAGGAGGUUGAUAUUCCUAUGAGAACUGAAGAACAUUCUCCACCAAGAGGAAUUAAUGAUAGACAUUUUCGAAAACAGUCUCAUUCAAAAUCUCCCAGAAGAACACGUUCUCGUUCUCCUCUUGGAUUUUAUGUGCACUUAAAAAACUUGUCCCUAAGUAUUAACAAAAGAGAUUUAAGAAAUUUCUUUAGAGAUACUGAUCUGACUAAUGAACAGAUUAGGUUUUUAUAUAAAGAUGAAAGAAGAACAAGAUAUGCCUUUGUAAUGUUCAAAACUCUGAAAGACUAUAACACUGCUCUGGGUUUACAUAAGACUGUUUUACAGUAUCGUCCGGUUCAUAUUGAUCCUGUUUCUAGAAAACAAAUGCUGAAGUUCAUUGAAUGUUAUGAAAAGAAAAGACCAGUGUCAAUAGAGAAAGAGAGGCUUGGACAUAUUUCACAAAAAUACUCUCAAGAAGGCUACCCUGGCCAGAAACUGUGUAUAUAUAUAAGAAAUUUUCCUUUUGAUGUUACAAAAGUUGAAGUGCAGAAGUUCUUUGCAGACUUCUCUCUUGCAGAAGAUGACAUUUAUUUACUUUAUGAUGACAAAGGAGUUGGUCUGGGAGAAGCAUUGGUGAAAUUCAAAUCAGAAGAACAGGCCAUGAAAGCUGAACGUUUAAACCGAAGGAGGUUCCUGGGCACAGAGGUAUUGUUAAGACUUAUAUCUGAGGCACAAAUGCGGGAGUUUGGUGUAAAUUUUUCCUUGAUGUCCAGUGAGAGAAUGCAAGAUCAUUCACAGUCACAUGAUAGAGAUGACCAUACCCAUUCUUUUGAUUCAAGUGAUUCACCAAUAUACUCAGUUGGUCCUUCUGAAAACUUUAGGCAUCAGCAGGUGGACUUGAGACAACUGGACAGUUUCAAGCAAACCCAGGGGGAUUUCCGACAGCUUGAAAGGAGCCUUCCAGAAGAUUUUAGGCAUUCCCCGGAGGACUUCAGACACUCCCCAGAAGACUUCAGGCGCCCUCGGGAGGAACACUUCAGGCGGCCUCCUGAGGACGAUUUCAGGCGCCCUUGGGAGGAGGACUUCAGGUACCCUCUGGAAGAGGACUUCAGGUACCCCAGAGAGGAGGACUGGAGGCGGCCACCCGAGGAGGAUUUCAGGCGGCCUCCCAAGGAGGACUUCAGGCGACCCCCCGAGGAGGACUGGAGGAGGCCCCCGGAGGGAGACUUCAGGCGGCCUCUUGAGGAGGAUUGGAGGCGGCCUCCUGAGGAUGACUUCAGGCGGCUUCCCCAAGGAGAGUGGAGACGACCACCUGAGGAGGACUUUAGGCGACUUCCCGAGGAGGACUUAAGGCGACUUCCCGAGGAGGACUUCAGGCGACCUCCGGAGGAAGAUUUCAGGCGACCUCUGGAGGAAGAUUUCAGGCGUUCUCCCGAGGAGGAUUUCAGGCGUUCUCCUGAAGAUUUCAGGCGGCCGCCCCACGAACACUUCAGGCGGCCACCCCCGGAGCAUCCCAGGCGGCCACCCCCGGAGCACUUCAGACGGCCUCCCCCGGAGCAUUUCAGGCGACCGCCCCCGGAGCACUUCCGCCGGCCACCCCACGAGCACUUCCGCCGGCCGCCUCAGGAGCAUUUCCGGCGGCCACCCCAGGAGCAGUUCAGGCGCUCCCGAGAGGAGGAUUUCAGGCACCCACUGGAUGAAGAUUUCAUAGGUCCUCCUGAUGAAGACUUUAGGCAUCCUCCUGAUGAGGACUUCAGGAGCCCCCAGGAAGAAGAUUUUAGAUGCCCUUCUGAUGAGGACUUCAGGCGGCUCCCGGAGGAAGACCUCAGGGAACCUCCAGAGGAGGACCCUAGACUUCCUGACAGUUUUAGACCUCCUGGUGAGGAGUUUAGGAGCCCACCUGAUGACUUUAGAAGUCAUCGUCCUUUUGUGAAUUUUGGUCGCCCAGAAGGUGGCAAGUUUGAUUUUGGAAAGCGCAGUAUGGGAAGUUUUCCUGAGGGGAGAUUUAUGCCUGACCCAAAAUUAAAUUGUAGUUCAGGUAGAGUAACACCUAUUAAGAUAAUGAAUCUUCCAUUUAAAGCUAAUAUUAAUGAAAUUCUAGACUUUUUCCAUGGUUAUAGAAUCAUACCUGAUUCCAUUUCAAUACAGUAUAAUGAGCAAGGAUUACCUACAGGGGAAGCCAUUGUUGCUAUGAUAAACUAUAAUGAAGCUAUGGCUGUUAUUAAAGAUCUAAAUGAUAGGCCAGUUGGCCCACGCAAAGUUAAAUUAAUGUUGCUCUAGAGAGCAUUCCUAAAUUCAGUUACCUCCCCACAGUAUUGAUGCAGUAAAAUGCAUUUGUUUUUUUUAAGUGUUUAUUUUUAAUGAUCUAAUGAAAGGAAACAUUUUAAUUUUGACUUGUGCAUAGAACAGAUGUAAAUAUUAGAAUGUGAAUCUGGUUUUCUUUUGCUUGCAAAUUGCCAUUCCCUUUUUCUAAUUUAAAAUUAUAUAUGCCCCUUUGUUUGGACAGUUAGGGAGAAAAUUCCCUGAGUGCAUUAGUUUUUGUUGAUGUCAUGAGUAAACCUCAAGACUUGUAUAAAGUAGACUUGUAUUUGGGGAAGAUAAAUUUUAUAUUCACUUUUGUUUCCAGUCUACAUCUUUUACUUACAAUGUAUAAGGAAAUGGUCAGUGACUAUUGUUCGGGUUUAGCAUUUGCAUUGCUAACUGCCUACAGAAUUAAUGCCCUCUUCUUUGUCUGAGAUAUUACUGUGUUAAGCCUCCCGUUAACUAUAAAUAGUUCAGAAUGGACAGACUGUGAACUUGAAGUUUACUUGUGUAAAAAGCUUAGGAGAUUCUUGAAGUUUCCAUGUUCAUAACUUUGCAAAGUUUUAUAAAAAUAAAAAAAUUGCAACUGAAUAGACCAACUAAUUAACUUUACUUGUAUUUGUACAAAAAGAAAAGAGAAUUACAGCUGCUUCUGUGAAGUUUUUAACAGCUACCUUAGUGUUUAUGAUAGGACGGACCAAAUAUCCUAUAAUAAUAGCUUAGAGUGCUAUGUGUACCUUUAUGGUGUUUUCCAUAUCUCAUCAACCAAACUGAUAAGAUUAAGUCCAAAUACUUAAAAGAUAAAAAGUAAUUGUAGGUAGAAGGGGACAUUUAGGCUUAUGCUGGGAAGAAUCUGAUAAAUGGAUAUAGUUUGUUUUGGGAAGAAUGUAAUGAUGGUUCAUUGAACUUGUUUUUUAUCAGGUUCUCAUUUUUAAAUUUUAAGACUUUGUAUCCUAAGACUCAGUAACUAAAUAUAAUCAGAUUUUUGUGAGAUUGAAUUUUUACUUCUUUGAUACUGAGUAUAGAUGUUUUACAAACACUGGCUUGAUUUUAUUAUACCCAUAAUAAUAAUGGCUAACAUUUAUUGGGCACUUACUGUGUGCUAGGCAGUGAAAGUGCUUUACAUGCAUAAUCUCAAUUUAAGUAUUACCUUAAGAAGUAUGGUGUAGUAUUUAUAUCUAUUUCACAAGUGAGAUAAUGAAGUUUAGAGGUUAAGUAACUUGCCUGAAGUCAUAGCUAGUAAGUCAUGGAGCCAGUUUCAAUCCAGACAGACCCUGGACUCCAUUUCCUGCUCUUAACACUUUUGCCUACUAACUUUUGUUAAAUGGUACUUUUAAUUUUGGUAAGAUUGUGCUAAAAAUACUUUAGGGUAACUGAUACUUUCUUUACUUCCAUUGUUGCUUUAAAAGUGGCAUUAAAAAAAGCCCAAAUUAGUAUGCUCAUUGUUCAUAAAAGACAAAAUAAUUUUAAAGGUUUUUAUGUAUCCAGGGCUUCUCUUGGAUAAUAAUAUUAUAAAUUGAUUUCUAAUUUAAAAUUGUUCAUUUUGUCAAAUAUGAUUUGAAUUUUGUUGGCCUUUUAUGGUUUACAUAAAGCCAGGUUAAUUUUCCUCAAUUCUGUGAUCCAGAGGUUCCCAAUAUUGAGCAAAUAAGAAUAUAAUUUGAAUUUAUAUAUGGUAGCAUAGUAAUUUAAUAAUAAGAAUUUGCAGAAGUAGAAUAUUUUGUCAGUAUUUAGCCAUUUACUACUAUUUUGGAUUAAUCUUCAGUGAUUUAAGAAGCUUAAGAGGAGCCAAGUGAAGUUUCUGUGUUUUUAAUUAUUGUGAAUAUCCUACUUGCUAGUAGAAUGAAUAAACUAGUAAAUUCGAUUUAAAAAAACACAUCAAUAUGGCUCUUCAGUAAGCUUAUAAAUAGCUACAAUGAUAAAUGUGCCAACUAAACACAAUGAACAAAAAACAAAAUAGGAAGAAAUGAUUAUUGUUUAAAUGCUCAAAAAUUAUAUAGUUAAUUUGAUCAGUCUUCUUGAGGAAUAUAUAGACUUUAAAACACAUCCAAAUACAGAUCAAUAAGAGUCAAGAUGAAGCCUAAAAGUGAAAUAUGUAAUGUGGAACUGCUUCUCAAAAUGGCCUGGGUUGUGAUAGUGGUAGUAGCCAAGAGGUCAACAAUAGUAAAUGGAAGCUUGGUAUUAUGAUUGCAAAAUUAGUGAAUUGAUAUAGUUAAUUUAUUUCCUAAACAUUUAGUUUAAUAAAUUUUUUAACUUUUAAAAAUAAAA